AUGGGAUACUAUUCAAAAGAUGGUGAAAAUAAUGAUAAUAUUUAUCAUGCAAUACAACUAAUGGAACUUGACUUUGAUUUUAAUUCAUCAAAAUCAAUAUUUAGCAAAACUAGUAACUAUAAUGAUAAUGAUGAUGAUGAUGAAUUGUGCUUUGGAACUCCAAAAAUGAAAAGCUCUACGCAAGGGUUUUAUUAA